AAAUCAAAUCCUCUCUCUUCUCUUUGUUCAUCUACUCACAUUUGCACCUAAACACACACAUAUAAAAAUGGCUUCUUACAGUGCUUUAAAGGGUGCAUUUGUGCCUACCACCUUAGCUCAAGAUAGUUAUAGUCCUAAUUUGCCAAAUUUAUCCACCAAUGCAAUAAUCAAGCCUUUAAACAAGCGACAGUUUAUGAGAAUUUUAGCUACCGCAAAGGACAAUGCGACUAAUGAACACGGCCGGGACUUAAUGAGAGCUAAUGGGAACGUAGCAACUAACCUCAAGUAUUCGGGAGAAAAACCCAAAACUCCGAUUUUGGAUACCAUUAAUUAUCCAAAACAUAUGAAGAAUCUUAGUGUUGAGGAGCUCGAAAAUCUUGCCGAUGAACUACGAGAAGAGAUUGUAUAUACGGUCUCAAAGACCGGUGGUCACCUGAGUUCAAGCUUGGGGGUCAUUGAGUUGACCGUCUCACUCCACCACGUGUUUAAUACUCCUGACGACAAGAUCAUUUGGGAUGUUGGUCAUCAGGCGUAUCCACACAAAAUACUGACCGGUAGGAGAUCAAGAAUGGAUACAAUGCGACAAACAAGUGGACUCGCGGGUUUCCCGAAGAGAGAUGAGAGUCAACAUGAUGCUUUUGGUGCUGGUCAUAGUUCGACUAGCAUUUCUGCCGGUUUAGGAAUGGCUGUAGGAAGAGACUUGUUAGGAAAGCACAACCAUGUAAUUGCAGUCAUUGGAGAUGGAGCCAUGACUGCAGGACAAGCAUACGAAGCUAUGAACAAUGCCGGCUUCUUGGACUCGAAUAUCAUCAUAAUCUUGAACGACAACCGCCAAGUCUCCUUACCCACCGCCACUCUGGAUGGCCCGGCUCCUCCAGUGGGAGCCCUCAGCCGAUCACUUACAAGACUGCAAACCAGCAGGAAGCUCCGCCAACUGCGAGAAGUUGCAAAGGGAGUAACGAAGAAAUUAGGGGAUAAAACAUAUGAAGUUGCAGCCAAGAUGGACUCUUACAUGAAGGGAAUGGUUGUUGGUCAAGCAGCUUCUUUGUUUGAAGAGCUUGGGCUCUACUAUGUUGGUCCAGUAGACGGGCAUAAUGUUGAAGAUCUUGUCCAUGUUCUCACUAAGAUCAAGUCAAUGCCUAGUGCAGGACCUGUUCUUAUCCACAUUGUUACCGAGAAAGGCAAAGGCUACCCUCCAGCUGAAGUCGCUGCUGACAAAAUGCAUGGUGUAGUGAAAUUUGACACUAAGACCGGAAAACAAGUGAAAGUUAAGGCCAAAACACUCUCAUACACUCAAUACUUUGCGGACUCCUUGGUAGCUGAAGCAGAGAGAGAUGAGAAAAUAAUUGCUAUUCAUGCAGCUAUGGGAGGAGGGACGGGUCUUAAUACUUUCCAAAAACGGUUCCCUACAAGAUGUUUUGAUGUUGGCAUUGCAGAGCAGCACGCCGUCACUUUUGCAGCAGGUUUAGCAACUGAAGGGCUAAAACCAUUUUGUGCUAUUUAUUCAUCUUUCUUACAAAGAGGUUAUGAUCAAGUGGUUCAUGAUGUUGAUCUUCAAAAGCUUCCUGUGAGAUUUGCAAUGGACAGGGCUGGUUUGGUUGGAGCAGAUGGUCCAACUCAUUGUGGGGCAUUUGAUACAGCUUACAUGGCUUGUUUGCCAAAUAUGGUGGUGAUGGCUCCUUCAGAUGAGUCCGAGCUCAUGCACAUUGUUGCAACAGCUGCAGCUAUCGACGACCGACCAAGUUGUUUUAGGUACCCGAGAGGUAAUGGCAUAGGUUCAUUCCUUCCACCAGAUAACAAAGGAACUCCAAUUGAGAUUGGAAGAGGAAGAGUGCUUAGAGAGGGAAAUAGAGUGGCCUUAUUGGGAUAUGGAACCAUUGUACAAAGUUGCUUAGCAGCAAGUGAAAUUCUUCAAACCCUUGGUAUCUCAGUAACUGUGGCAGAUGCACGAUUCUGCAAGCCGUUAGAUGGAAAUUUGAUUAAACAACUAGCAAAUAACCAUGAGGUACUAAUCACACUUGAAGAAGCAUCAAUAGGAGGAUUUAGCUCUCAUGUUUCUCAUUACUUGGCCUUAAAUGGAUUACUCGAUGGAAACCUGAAGUGGAGGGCGAUGACACUACCCGAUAGGUAUAUAGAUCAUGGGGCUCAAUCAAACCAAAUUGAGGAGGCUGGCCUUAGCCCUAAGCAAAUUGCUGCAACAGUUUUAUCGUUGAUCGGUGAGAGCAAGGAUAGUCUCCGUCUUAUCAAUGUAUAAUAUGAUUAUUUGAUGGUUAUUUAGAGUCCAAAGAAAACUUCAGACUCCUGCUGGGGAAAGUGGCUGCCAAAAUUUCGCCGAACUCUACAUUGAUUUAUCAUAUCAUAUAUAUAUAUACACCCAAUGUAAUAAUAUGUUUUUAUAUCAUAUACAUAAAUCACUAGUCAUGAUCAUUUGUCGAUAUCAUUUGGAUAAGGAGUAUAUCCUACAAAAUUUCUGUAAUAAGUCAUUCCAUGAUAGAUAAAUAUACAACCGCAUUUAUUAAUGUUA